GGAGCCGAUGUCUAGAAAUUAGGAUUGUCCUGUGAUUGGUAGAGAUGCUUGGGUAGCCAUCAUGAGGAAUGGGAUGAGCGGCAUUCCAGUAACACACUUCCGAAAUAUGAUGAAGCAAGAGGCUGGCAACAGAGUGAUGGUUCAGACGUACGGAAGGUAAUAGUGUUUGGACAGGUAAUCAAUUUCUAGUAAAUGAGAAGCUCAAAAUAAUGAUCUCUAGUCACAAAUAUGGUUUUUUGUUUCAUAUAUUACUGUUGGUUGUUCUCAACUUCAUCCUACAGCUUCCUCCAGCUGUCCUGGGCCAGCUUAACUCUAAUCCGAAACCUCUGUACUCGUUCAUACUCAUGUUGCUGUUACAUGCUUCCCUAUUUCUUUGGAUCAUUGAGCUUGUGUACAGAUGGAAAAGGGAAACAGUUACCCGGAGGAUGUGGAGGGGCAAGCAACCUUCGCUUUCUUUUCCUUCUCCAACCAACAGCAAACCCUUCAUCAGCUUGGCAGAUAUUGUUGGAUUGCUAUCUACUGUCUUUCAGUCUAUUGUUACAACAGUUAAUUAUGCUCUACUUGUUCGACAUACCAAUACACAGAUUCAAAUAUCUGGGUGGCCAAUCAUUCUAGCAUUUGUUCUAUUAUGUUCAACAUUUUGGGUUGAUUGGACCCAGACAGACCAACCGGAUCAUGAACCAUUACAUUCAAUAAUCAUCAACCAACCCACAUCCAAAUAUCAAGAUCAUUUUAAAGAAACUUGCUGGAUAUUCGAUUUGUGUUCAAAGCUCCCUUCAGCUGUACUUGAUCAGCUUUGCUCUGAGCCUAAACCUCUGUAUGCACUGAUAUUAAUGUUGCUGUCAUUUGCAUCCAUUCUUCUUUGCAUUAUCGAGUUUUUGCUCAAAGGAAAAACGGAAAGAGUUACAUGGAGCUGGAAGCGGAAUGGUAAGGUACCAUGGCUUCACCCCAACAAGCCUUUCUUCAGCUUCUGGGAUAAGGUUGGAUUGAUAUGUGCCGUGAUUCAGCCCGUCCUUUCAACAGUUAAUUAUGCUUUGGUUCUUCAACGGAGGGGCCAGGUCCUGAUAUCUGUGUUGCCUAUCGUUUUUGCCCUUGCUUUUUCAUGCUCCAAGAUUUGGGAAAGUCCAAAUAUGACAGAGAGUGAGAGAAACAUUGAUGAGGAAGAACAAGUUGUCCUCAUUAAUCAGAGACAAGGAGUGACUGAAGUGUCGACCCUAAAGAAAGACAGUGAACCAACUGCCAGUGAAGAAGGGAAAAGUGGCCUCACGAAUCAAAGUCAGAUCAGAGUGAAUGAAGAGGUGUUCUCAAAGAAAGAAAAAAGUGUUGUUAAAGAUGAUAAUAAAAUGGCCCCAAAGACAAAGGAUAGUCGGGGACGGGGGACCCUUGUCCAUGGAUACCAACAAAGGUUCAUUGGCGAGGUUAAAGAGAACACCUUCGCAUGAGAUGGGGUUGACUGCAGCGGAACAGAACAGAGCGUUGACUGAAGGAUGGGCGACAAAGAUUCUAGCAGAACAGAAGGAACUCCUUGGGGAGUCUUGGAAAGACGAGACAUGUCCAUUAGAACUCCGUACUUGGAGAAAUUAGGCCAUACCUUGUUGGGGCAGCUGUUGGCUCUUUGGAAUUAGUUCCAUUGAGGAGCCGAUGGUGAAAAUUCGUAUAUCAGGUCCAGCAGCAGGAGUCAAGACUGUUACCGUGGCCGUUACCCAAAAAUUGCGAGAGAAAAUCCCAGCCAUUGCACCAGUUCAACUUUUGUAAUGUCCCAUCUGUUUUUACUAACUGAUAUUUUAAGUUAAAAGAGUUCUUAAAUAUGACCUGUAGAAACCAUCCCUAGUUAGAUACAUGGUGUACAGUUCUUGUAAAUAAUCAGUCAAAUGCCAUUACAUGCAUGAAGAACAAUUGCACCAUAGGAUUCCAUUUUGUAGAGAAAUAAAGGGCUUUAUGAGGG